UACCGAAAUCUACAAAACAUCGCACGUGUUGAGUGACAGAUUUAAUUUUCUGUAAACCAAGAUUCAAAGGAUUUCCUCAUUUUGAGGGAACAAAAAGUGACACAAUAUGCAGCACGACGAUGUUGUUUGGAGCAUUAUCAACAAAUCGUUUUGUUCCUUUAAAGUCAAUACAAAAUCGCAGAGAUUUUGUAGAAACGAAUAUAACCUCACUGGAUUGUGCAGUCGUGCUUCUUGUCCACUUGCCAAUAGUCAAUAUGCGACUGUCAGGGAAGAGGACGGGGUUAUCUAUCUUUAUAUGAGAACUGCCGAAAGAGUUCACUUUCCCAAAGAUAUGUGGGAAAAAGUAAAACUUUCAAGAAACUUUGAAAAGGCGAUUCACCAAAUCAACGAAAAUCUACUUUACUGGCCCGGAUUUAUAAAAUCAAAAUGCAAGCAGCGAUUCGUGAAAAUCACGCAGUAUCUCAUUCGCAUGAGAAAAUUGAGAUUAAGAAGGCAGAAGAAGAUUGUACCUCUUCAAAGGAAAAUCGAAAGAAGGGAAAACAGGAGAGAAGAAAAGGCUCUCAUCGCUGCAAAAUUAGACACUGCCAUCGAAAAGGAAUUGAUGAAGAGGCUCGAAAAAGGAGUGUACAAGGAUAUUUACAAUUUCUCUAAAAACGCUUUCGAAAAGGCAAUCGAAGCCGUGGAAGUUGAAGGAGAAAGUGAGGUUGAGAGUGAAUCCGAGACGGAAAGGGAAGUCAAUAAAGAGCUGGAAAUGGAAUUCGAAGCAGAUGAAAGAGAAUCUGUUCCAAAUAAGUACGUCGAGGCUGAGACUGACGACGAAGAGGAAGACGAAUACGAAUUUGAAGCCGAGGAGUGCUCCCUGGACGAAGAUAGUGAUUCUGGACUAAGAGAGAAUGCGCAGGUGCCUAGUGAUUUCGAAUCCGAAACGAGCGAUAUCGAGGACAUAAAGGCAUCGACUAGUACGAGAGUCAAAAAUCCCAAAUACACGAAAAAGGCCGAACCAUCCAAGAAAUCUAAAGCUCGCCCCAGAGUGGAAAUCGAAUAUGAAAUCGAGGAAGAACCACGAGAGAUGGAAAGAGUUCGAAAUUAAUCUGGUGAUUCUGAGCUUGUAAUUAUAGAAAAUAAAUUUGUUUUUAAGAAAAUGUUGGUUA